CCCAACUUCCUUCCUCAUACUCAUGUCAUAGCUGGCAUCGACAGCAAUUCGCUCUGAUCACGUAACGCCGUCGUUUCGUCCUCCGCUCCCCUUCGUUCUCACCAGUAGGUAAAGUAUAUUGACUGUGGAAAAAUGCCUUCGCAAAAGAUUGAAACUGGUCACCAAGAUGUGAUCCACGAUGUGGCAAUGGAUUACUAUGGUAAGCGUCUUGCCACGGCCUCGUCAGACCAUUCCAUUAAGAUAGUUGGGGUGAGCAAUACAACCUCUCAGCCUCUUGCGACAUUAACUGGCCACCAAGGACCUGUUUGGCAGGUAGUCUGGGCUCAUCCGAAAUUUGGGUCUUUUCUCGCUUCAUGUUCUUAUGACGGGCACGUGAUAAUAUGGAAGGAGGGUAAUCCAAAUGAGUGGACCCAAGCUCACGUCUUUGAUGACCACAAGUCCUCUGUCAAUUCUAUUGCUUGGGCUCCUCAUGAACUGGGUCUUUGUUUAGCUUGUGGUUCCUCUGAUGGGAAUAUCUCAGUUUUCACUGCAAGACCGGAUGGUGGUUGGGACACCUCGAGGAUUGACCAAGCUCAUCCAGUUGGUGUCACUUCUGUUUCAUGGGCUCCCUCAACUGCGCCUGGUGCUCUUGUUGGUUCUGGCUUGCUUGAUCCUGUUCAGAAGCUCUGUUCAGGUGGUUGCGAUAAUACUGUGAAGGUGUGGAAGCUCUAUAAUGGGAGUUGGAAGAUGGAUUGCUUUCCAGCUCUUCAGAUGCAUACAGAUUGGGUUCGUGAUGUUGCUUGGGCACCCAACUUGGGACUGCCAAAAUCUACAAUUGCAAGUGCCUCACAGGAUGGCAAAGUCAUCAUAUGGACUGUGGUCAAGGAGGGGGAUCAAUGGGAAGGCAAGGUUUUGAACGAUUUUAAGACUCCUGUCUGGAGGGUCUCCUGGUCGCUGACGGGAAACAUAUUGGCUGUGGCUGACGGAAACAACAAUGUGACAUUGUGGAAGGAAGCAGUCGACGGAGAGUGGCAACAGGUUUCCACAGUUGAGCCUUAGUAUCCAUAUUACUUUUGCUCUUGAAGUACUGGAUUUUGUUCUAAAUCUUUUUCAUCCACAUGUUUUAGGACAUUGUUUCUUUACAUUGUCAUCUAUCUUAGUACUUUGCCUGAUAUUGUUGAAAGUUUGAAACUUGGGAGAUUAUAUCAAAACCCAAGACUUGCCAGAAACAAAUGUGGAUUGUAGUUUGUCAAAAAUUAUCUUGAAAUUUGUUGAUGAUUGGUUGUUGUGGAUUU